ACAAUGGGCCCGAGCAGGCCGCGCGCGCGCGCCCGCCCUGCCGUCCGUUUGUUGGUCGUUCCGCGUAAAUGAGGACACUCAAUGUCGUGGCUGGAGGUGGAGGACGACGACGAAGAGGAUGAUGACUACCAGCUCCUGGAAGAGGUCUCUGAAUAUUGGCGACGCGGUCCAGCCGCUGCAUCCCAUCGUGUUUAUAAAGUUGGGGGUCAGACUGCCUCCCUUUCACCCCUGUACCCCGGCCUGGUCUCUGACCAUUGCCCCGAGCCAGGAUUUCUGUCCUCAUCCAGGCACAAAACCAAGUUAGUGCGGGACAGCGACAGGAGAUCAUUCAGACACGAGGAAGUAUCCGAAGUCGAACGGCUGCCAAAUUCAAAAGAAAGGCAAGAAUGCACAAGUCGAAGCCCAAAACAAAGAUUGCUCCCCACCGGUUUAUUUGAAGAGUUCUCAAAAGAUCAGUUUCCAUUUGACUGGAGCAAGAAAACCAGUGCAGGACUUGGUGGGAGUAAAGUUCUUUCCUCCGACAUGAAAAGAAAUGACAGAGAUGUUAGAGUACCAACAAUGGCUCAAACAAAUGGAAUUCAAGGGUGUAAGGCCAAAAGUCUUCAACAUUUAUUCAAGGAAACUACAUAUGCUGCAUCUGAGCUACACACAUUAAGCCCAAAGACACAUAAUGGACUAUGUUGUCCAAUAUCAUUUCCAUGCGAUGAGAAGUUACAGAACUACCAUAACCCUCUCCAUGGUGCAUCAGCUGCUUUCAUUCAGCGACUGACAGAAAUAGCUGGUUUGGAAUGCGAUACUAUUCGGCAGGAGAGAAUUCGUAAGCUGAAGAAGAGAUCGGAUUGCUGAAAAUAUUUUGAUCAUCCUAGUCUCAGUCACAUAUUUUUCAUUGUUAAAACAUAACAUUGAAUAAGAUGUAACCAAAUGGGACUGAUAUUAGCCAUUGGGCAAUUUUGCAAGAUGGUUGCAAGUUUGCCAAAUGCAACCAUCUGAUCAAAAUUAUAUAUUUGUCUGCACCCUACAGAUAAAAUAAAUGUAUAUCAAUGUGUA